AUGGCGCGAAAGAACACGCGACUCUCCAGCGCCAACACCACACCUCCGGCGCCACCGACACCAGCGAAGACGAGAGGAGUAAAGAAGCACAAGAAACCUGCUCCGCCACCACUACUACCCGCCACCGAUACCACCACCAGCGCCAACGCCGACGAGGAUGAAAUCAGCACUUCUCUCCGCGCCCUCCUGUCUCCGCAAGACCCCGCCGACGCCCUCGAGUCCUGCCGCGCGCUGUACCUCCGCCAUGGUCGCCCCGCAAUCGAAUCACAUGCUCUCCACCGUGAUGUCGCGCAAGCGAUGGAAAAAGCAUUUGAGAAGAUCUAUGACGCGCCCGGCAUCACAAACAAGGACGUCCGGUCGCAAUUGAACUUUCUUCGUGGGAAGAAAUGCGAAUGGCACCCUGCUCUCACUGGAGUGAAGCUGUAUGCUUGGUUUGGAAAAGAUGCGGUUGAGAGCCGGAGAUUCACAGAUGCGCUGAAGGGCUUGGCAAGAAUGCGAGGAGAUGCUGGGCAAAUGCUUGGGUUGGAAGAUGCUUUGGGUCUAUUAGGCGAAGUGAGAGAGCAGAGAAAGGCUGGCGUGAGAGGGGAGAGAAUUGCACAGGCGUCUGAGUGGACUGCCAGUGACUGUUUCGAGGCAGGCAAACUGGCCACGGAAAGAUUCGGAGUGGAAUUGGUCAAGAUUGAGACUCGCAGGCAGUCGCCAAAGCGGAAGAAGGCGACAGGACAGAAGGCUGAUGAUCAUGGACAAGCGGAGAAUGAGGAUUGCACCGGCAAUGGAGGUCGCUCAGCGUCAGAUGGUCAAGACGGCCCGGAAAUGCCUCACAAGGACACGAACUCGCCCGGUUCAAAUGGACAGGACUCGCCUAGUCUAUCUGGAGAUUCUGAUGGCUCGAAUUCGCCUGAUCAGGGUGAACCGCAGGCGCCAACUGAGCAUCCAUAUGAAAUCGAUGCAGCAAACUCAAGACCGGCAGGGAAUGGGUGUGCACCAGCAGCAGACAAUCAAGAUGGAUCAGUCAUGCAUGACCAGCGUGGACCAAUCGCGCCGGAAGAGCCUCAGCAGCCGCAACAGUUCGAACAACCUGGGGAUCGAGGGAAUACAGCAAAGAAGACAUCCACAAGAAAUGGAAGGUCACCAGCAGCAGACGACCAAGACGCCUUGAGUACGUCCGAUGAGGACGAUAUGCCAAUCGAGCAAGGGCGACAAGGCAACCAGAUGUACGAAGGCGACAUGCCGGACGACGACACUGCUCUCUUCAACAACGACCAUGACGACCAUGAUGGCCCAGAUUUCAACUCUCCUGCGCCUCCACGCACGCAUCCACACGGUCCUUCACGCUUACCUUUGCAGCCAUACCGCGCACAGGCUCAGCGGCAUGAUUCCGCGCGCGAAACCCAAUCCGGAAGCCGAAGCCGCACCACCGCGUCCCCGUCUCCCGUCGCGACUCCUCCAAAGCUCUCCAUCAACAUCAAAACAAUCACGACAGAAUUCGCUUCGCCUACAUCAACAACAACUAGUUUUCGCCUGGACACGCCGAAAUUCCUCUCGCCUGAGCCGCUGCAGCUGGAGAAGGCGGGCGCACAACUGAUGGCGCGCACUGGUACGAAGCGCCGUCGCACACCUGCCGGCACCUCCCACCUGCGCCCGCGCGGUACUGGUCACGUGUCCCAGUGGAAGCGCACUCGCGAUGAUCUCAAAAACGACCAUGGUCUGCAGGCUUCUAUUGCUCACGAUCGCGCCAGCGCUCGCACCUUCUUGGCACUCUUCGCUCCCGUACAGGCGCCUCUCCCGCAGCAUCCUCAGGGCCCUAUCGUCAUGAAUGCCGAGAUGGACGACGGCAGCACCAUCACCACCGCUCUUCUCGCUCCGAAACCUCCGUCUGCUGAUGCACGUGAUGGAAGUGAUGAUCACCAACCUCGCUGGCUGCUCGCUCUUCUGGCAUCUGAUUCCGGCCAGGAUCCGCCGACCUUCACCAUCACCGUCUACUCCGCUCGAGAAAGUCCCUCCGCAGACCUGGCCGCUCGAGUUCGAAGCAUGCCGCUUGCCGCACUCGAUCAGAAUCAAGCAAACGCGAUCGCGAAUCUGUCGGACGAGCAAAUACACGUCCACCAUCUGCCCGCAGUUCAUGACCUCCGCGACGAUGACGACGACGACUUCAUCAAAUGCUUGGCCACCAACGUGCUCCUCGUGUCGAACCAUGAAUCUCCUCCUGCCUCUCUCCCGGACCAUCUCUUUCUCUGGGCCUGGAUGGGCGCUCUUGCGACGACUACUUCGGACAAUCGCUCUCGCAUCUCCGAGGUCACCGCGAUGGUCGAGCUUCCGGAAGUCGAGAUGGCUGGUAGUACCCCAUUCCCAGAUCAUCAGGAUGGCAGCAACUGCGUGGAAGACCUCUCUGCUGCUAUGACGAGCUGCAAGGCCGAUGUUACUGCUCUGAACGGACAGAUUGGCAUGGUGAAGAAAUACGAGGUCCAUCUCCGGCUCCUUCGAGACUGCAUCGAUCGCGCGGCCUCCGAAGGCCCAUCGUCUCCUUCCUCUGAUGCAGCCUCCUCUUCUGAGCUCGACGUCCAUAUCGCCGCACUGGAAACCUUGCAGCGAGAUCUGCCCGCGCAGGUCUUCGUAAAGGCGGGAUAUGAUGCUACUCUGAAGGGAUUGAGGGAGCAGAAGAGAGUCAACAGUAGUCCGAAGGAUGAGAGGGCUCUGAAGGAAUUGCAGACUUGGAUCUACUUGUCCAUGGGCGAGGCAGACGGGGAGGUUUGCAGAGGAGAGAAGGUCAAGAUGGAGGUGGUGAAGUGCUUGGAGGAACUCGUGGGAGAGCUGCAAUCGUGGCUGAAGAGUGUGACGGGAUGA